UCUACGCGGUAAUGACCGCUGGAGUUUGAUGUGAAGUUAGAAUAGCUAUAGAUACGUCAUCAGGUACUAUCUGCUGCCUAAGCGGAGCCUUAAAUAGUGUAUCAUUUAUUAUUAUUUUGUUUAUUUUUAAUUAUUAUUUAUUUCUGACAAAUUGCUGAAGUGCACAUGCAGCACAGCGGUUUUAACAAUCAAAGCCGCCUUAUUGCUACAGAUAUGGUGGACACGCAGAUGCCCGCUUGGCCAAUGAGUUUUGGGCUGAACCCGGUGGACCUGGCUGGACUGGAUGACAGCUCCCACUCAUUUGACAUGAAGCCCUUCUCCACCCUGGACUACACCAGCCUCUCGAGCCUGGGUUACGACACCAGUCCGCCACAGAGCGAGGACCUGACGCACAUGGAAUACAUGUACAAUUUCAAAAUGCAAGAGAACCAAAGUACAAUAAAACUUGAGCCAGAAUCCCCACCUCAGUAUUCAGAGAGCAACCUGUCUUAUUCCAAAGCACAUGAUGACCCAUCCACCUCGAUGCUCAACAUUGAAUGUCGGGUGUGUGGAGACAAGGCCUCUGGGUUCCACUACGGAGUCCACGCUUGUGAGGGCUGUAAGGGCUUCUUCCGCAGGACCAUCCGGUUAAAGCUGGUGUAUGACCACUGUGAUCUGCACUGUCGCAUUCACAAAAAGAGCCGCAACAAAUGUCAAUACUGUCGCUUCCAGAAGUGCCUAAUGGUCGGAAUGUCACAUAAUGCCAUUCGCUUUGGCCGAAUGCCCCAGGCCGAGAAGGAGAAGCUCCUGGCGGAAUUCUCCACUGACCUGGAUCACAUGCACCCAGAGUCCGCUGACCUGCGGGCCCUCGCCAAGCACUUAUACGAAUCUUAUCUCAAGUACUUCCCCCUGACCAAAGCCAAGGCAAGGGCCAUCCUCUCAGGGAAGACUGGGGACAGUGCACCCUUUGUCAUCCACGAUAUGAAGUCCUUGACGGAAGGCGAGCAGUUCAUAAACUGCAGGCAGAUGCCGUUGAUGGAGCAGAGGCCCGACCUAGGCAUGGUCCAGGAGUCCCCGGACGAGGUGGAGCUGCGCUUCUUCCACAGCUGCCAGUUCCGCUCGGCGGAGGCCGUCCGCGAGGUCACCGAGUUCGCCAAGAGCAUCCCGGGCUUCGUGGGCCUGGACCUGAACGACCAGGUGACGCUGCUGAAGUACGGCGUCAUAGAGGUGCUGAUCAUCAUGAUGGCGCCGCUCAUGAACAAGGACGGCACACUCAUCUCCUAUGGCCAGAUCUUCAUGACCCGAGAGUUCCUGAAGAGCCUGCGCAAGCCCUUCUGCGAGAUGAUGGAGCCCAAGUUCGAGUUCUCCGUCAAGUUCAACAUGCUGGAGCUGGACGACAGUGACAUGGCGCUCUUCCUUGCUGUCAUCAUCCUCAGCGGAGAUCGGCCCGGGUUGUUGAACGUGAAGCCCAUCGAGGACCUCCAGGAGACUGUGCUGCACGCUCUGGAGCUCCAGCUGAAGAUGAACCACCCCGACUCGCUGCAGCUCUUCGCCAAGGUGCUACAGAAGAUGACGGACCUCCGGCAGCUUGUCACAGACCAUGUGCACCUGAUUCAGUUGCUGAAGAAGACCGAGGUCGACAUGUGCUUACAUCCACUGCUGCAGGAGAUCAUGAAGGACUUGUAUUAGACUGGGGAACGGCCCUGCUCCAUCUUCAACUGACAUGCUACUUCACACAGCACCUGAAAUGCGUGCCAUGGUAGUAUUA